AUGCCCAGCCCGGCCAGCGACCAGGUCCAGCCCCCACGCCCAGACUGCUCUCCCGCGCCCGGCCCCCCCGCGCCUCAGCGCCACUCCGCCGACCCUGGCAGGUCCCGCGCUCCCCGACACCUCGAGUCCUCCUUCUCCGUCGAGGCCAUCCUGGCGAGGCCCGAGCCCCGCGCGCCCGCCGCCUCCCUGCUGUCCUUCUCCGCCUGCGCCGCUUCGAGCAUCUGGUCGGCUCCGUCCGGGUCUCCGGCCCCGGUUCUGCCCUGGGCGUGCCCGGCUACAUUGCUGCCCGCCUACCUGAGCGUGGGGCUCUACCAGCCCUUCCCCCAGCCCCCUGCGCUGGGGCUGCGCGUGGCUCACCUCUGCGGCCUCCAGGGCUUCGGCGUCACAGGUUUAGAGCUGGCUCACUGCCCAGGCCUCCGGAGUCCCCCAGACUGGGCCCCAGCCAAGGACCUUCAGGACCCUGAGAGACCCCAAAAGCGGGUUCGAACUAUGUUUAACUUGGAGCAGCUGGAAGAGUUGGAGAAAGUGUUUGCAAAACAGCACAAUCUAGUAGGGAAGAACAGAGCCCAGCUGGCAGCCCAGCUCAACCUUACAGAGAACCAGGUGAGGGUCUGGUUCCAGAACCGCAGGGUCAAGUAUCAGAAGCAGCAAAGGCUGAAACCACCAGCUGCAUCGGCCAUGGCUGCCUCCUCGGAUGAGCCCUCCAGCAGCUCUGACACCAUCAUCCAGAGAGAAGUCUCCAAGUCAGGAACAGACAGCUGA